AUGGUCAAAGCAGUCGCUGUUCUAAGAGGAGAUGCCGGUGUUUCGGGUCUAGUGCAUCUUGAGCAAGAGUCCGAGAGCUCUCCUACCACGUUGAGCUACGAAAUCACCGGGUUCAACGGAGACUCGGAACACGGUUUCCAUGUCCACCAAUUCGGUGACAACACCAACGGCUGCACUUCUGCAGGCCCCCACUUCAACCCUUUCAACAAGACUCACGGCUCCCCAUCUGACGACGUCAGACACGUCGGCGACCUGGGUAACAUCUUGGCAGACUCCAACGGUGUUGCCAAGGGUUCCAUCAGCGACAGCCUUGUCAAAUUGAUCGGCCCAUCCUCCGUUGUUGGCCGCACCGUUGUUGUGCACGCUGGCAAAGACGAUUUGGGUAAAGGUGGUAACGACGAAUCUCUCAAGACCGGUAACGCCGGCCCAAGACCUGCUUGCGGUGUCAUUGGUCUCUGCAACUAA